AUGAAGAAGACACUCCUCCUCUGUUUCAUCCACGGCUUCAAGGGUAACGACCACACCUUCGGCCCCAACCAAGCCUUCCCAACCCACCUCCUCUCCCUCCUCCGCCACCUCCUCCCCAAACUCAACCUCGAAUUCCUCAUCUACCCCACCUACGAAACCCGCGGCGACCUAACCGAUUGCGUCAACCGCUUCCGCGACUGGCUCCUCAACAAGGUAAUCGACCUCGAAGUCUCCCUCGGCACCCCCUCCCCCACCGUCGAGCCCGGCGUCCGCGUCAUCCUAAUCGGCCACUCCAUGGGCGGCAUCGUCGCCGCCGAAACAGCCAUCUCCAUCGCCUCCGAACAAGCAAUCAACGGCUCCAUCCCCAACAACGGCAACUCCCCCGACCAAGGCAACAUGAAAGCCCCCCUCAACUCCCUCAUGUUCCCCUACAUCCAGGCCGUCCUCGCCUUCGACACCCCUUAUCUCGGCAUCUCCCCCGGCGUCGUCGCCCACGGGGCAGAAACGCACUACUCCAAAGCAGCAGAAGUGAUGGGUCAACUAAGCGGCCUGGCAUCGAUAUGGGGCGGUGCUUCUUCCAACGCAGCCAAAGAAAACUACCACCAACAACGACAAGCUCCCCAAAAAGCCAUCGAAGCCCCACCAUCCACCCAGAAACAACAACAACAACAACAACAACAACAACAACAACAACAACAACAACAACAACAACAACAGCAACAACCAGACCAAAAACCACAAACCGGAGGAGGCGGCUGGGGAAAAUGGGGAACCCUCGCCCUGGCAGCCGGAGCAGUAGGCGCAAUAACCGCAACAGGAGCGGCAGCCUACCUCAAGCGCGAGCAGAUAACCCAAGGCCUCACCUGGGCCACCUCCCAUCUCGAAUUCGUCGGCUGCCUCGCCCGAAAAGAAGAACUUCGGAAGCGGGUGGCGUACAUGAUGCGCCUCAACAAGGAGCUGAACGUCGGUUUCGGGAACCUCUACACCCGGCUGGGGAAAAGUGCCGGGGCUCUCGAAAAGGUCAGCAUGGUCGGCACGGUGCUGGGAGACGAGAGGACGUUUUGCGUGGUGCCGCAGAGGGAUCAGGCCGGGGAUUGGCGACCAGCAAUUAAUGACAAGGCGAGGGAUGAGACGUGGGCGCACAUGUCAAUGUUCGAACCAAAAGAGAAUCCAGGAUACGACAAACUCUCCGCUGAUGCGAGAGAUAUGAUCGCAAGCUGGGUAAACCAGGAAUGGUAUGAGAGCUCGACAGAGACGAUACACGCAUGA